GAAAGGAGUUCACAAGUUUUGCAUGUAUCUUACGUUUUGCUCUGGAGGACACUGCUUGUGCCAGUGGAAGGACUUUCUGUCUGGCGCUUGCACCAACUUGGUGCCAUUGCAAUGGUGGUGGCGCAGACACUUUCAAAAAAGUACUGACCGCUAGUAUCUACAUACUACAGAGCAGCUGGGAGGCGGGGGUCAUUGGCAUCAGCAUAUUUUCGUUGCAAGCCUUCAUUCGCUGGCGUGUCCAGCAACUACUUACUGUACCAUUGCAAAAGUGACACACUGCUAGUCGCAUGCUGGAGCAACGGAGUGAAGCAUCGAGCAGGAGGGAUGGCAUCGACCUCCUGUUUCCGCCCGCAGGCUCUUUCAUUAGGGAAGGCGGACCUUCUUGGGGCUAAGGUCCUAGACAUUGAGCUUGGCGAGCCAUUGAGUGGUAGAAUGCAGGCUGUGCGUAGACUCUUGACAAAGACUCGUCGACUAGCACACCUCUCACUGCCCUGCCGUUUGAGAGCAGAGUCGUUUUCUGGCUCCACAGCAAGGGCUGCUCACAAAGCCCCUACCGCGUCCACAGCAUUGAAUGUGUCGGAAGACACGUCGCCGGCUCCUUCAAAACAGCUAUCCGCUGCCGAAAGGAGGCGCCGACGAAAGUUAGCGGACGGUGACUUCUCAGAUGAGUCUGCAAGGCCAGCGUCACCUUAUUCGGAGCCCAGGCAGGAGGAUUCCUCAGCAACCACCAGCGCUAGCCCCCAAGUAGCAAGCAUAUCAGAUUCGGGAACGUCCGAAAGAGAACGUCAAAACAAAAUCGGCCAAUUUAGCAGAGCGGUAGCCAGGGACGCCGUAGCUUCUGGCGCACGGCAAGAGCGCCCAGCGUACAGAAAUAGAGAAAGUUCUCCCUUGGGAGAGUUGGGCAGAAACGGUGGUGUGGAAUCCGGCGCUCAUCCCGUGCGGAGACAAUUUACGGCGGGCGAGGCGAGGGCGCGGCAGUUCAGCGAUGCGGUUCGAUUUCUGAAUAAGGACACAGGCAGGCCUGCACCCCCUCGAAAGCCGCUGGUGCAGCCCGUGAUCGUUUCCAGGGGGGUGCUUCCUGACCUUUGGGAGGGCCCCAACGGAACGGCGAUUUUGGUCGACAAGCCGCUGGAGUGGUCAUCGCACCAAGCGUGCCAACGGCUGAAGUUCCAGCUAAAGCUAAAGAAGAUUGGGCAUGCCGGGACUCUAGAUCCGAUGGCAAGCGGCCUUCUCAUCCUAGUUGCGGGGCCUGCGACCAAGCUGAUGGAGGUGUACCAGGCACAGACCAAAAAGUACUCGGGGACUAUCCGGCUAGGAGAGACCACGCCCUCGCUGGACAUUGAAACGGAGGUCGAAGAGCGGUUCCCGUGGGAGCACGUCACGGAUGACGUCAUCGCUUCAACGCCCGAGAGUUUUCUGGGUGACAUCAUGCAAGUGCCGCCCAUCUACUCGGCUCUCCAGGUCGGGGGCGAGCGGUUGUACAAGAAAGCGCGCAGGGGGGAGACGAUGGAGAUCGCAGCUCGGCCGAUCACCAUCGAAGGCCUGCGACUGUGGAGGGACGAGGAGGUCAGGCAGCACGUGCACUUCGAGGUUGUCUGCUCCAAGGGCACGUACGUCCGCUCGCUCGCGCGUGACAUCGGCGCGUCUAUGGGCACUGGGGCCUAUCUGGUCGCGCUGAGGAGGGAAGCCAUUGGAGAUUUUGACGUAAAAGACGCCUGGGAUAUCGAUGACCUUCUUGCACAGUGGCAAGUCCGACAGGACGAAAUCAGAGACUCUCGCAUCUUUCGAUCAGACGCGCUGCGAACUUCGGAAGAGCCGCCGACUUUGAGUGUUUGACGAGGGAAGCGUUAGCAAAUUCGUUCCUAAUUGAGUUUAUAACAAUGACGGUAAAACAUUCUUAAGACGGCCAAUCGCGGAGCUUCAAGAAAUGACCCGUGUGAGGUUCCCAGUAAGUGCACGAGAGUUCUAGCUUGAUUGACCAAGUCAAACAUAGCAUGC